GUGGCAGCCAUGCUUUGUUCUUGAUGACUCGAUUCACCCAUAUCCACUCUAACCUCCAUUGCCAUACUGCUACCAAUUUGACAUAUUAUAUAAGAAUCUUCCAUAGUUCUUCAAAUCAUUACAAGUUAAAUUGACAGAUUCAAGAAUAUUCAAUACCAAAAUGGAUGCUAAGUCUAUUAUUUCUUCUUCAUCUACGCUCACCAGUUCUUCAUCACUUUCUCCAUCUUUUAAGCCUACUGAUCUCAAUAGCAGGAAGCUGUUGGUUUUGCCUGUUAAUGCUAAUCCAAGGAUCAGAUGUAGAUUUGGCGUUAAUCAGACAAGUUUUAGCUUCUGUGCUAAGGGUGGUCAGAGAGGGUAUUUGGAAGCUGUCGGAGUUGCAACUUCUGUACCUGUAAGAGUUGCACAUGAACUUCUUCUGGCUGGACAUAGGUAUUUAGAUGUCAGGACUCCUGAAGAAUUCAGCGGUGGACAUGUUGUGGGAGCAAUUAACAUUCCUUAUAUGUACAGAGUUGGAUCAGGAAUGGCAAAGAACAGCAAGUUCAUGGAGCAAAUACGUUCACAUUUCGGAAAAUACGAUGAAAUUAUUGUUGGUUGCCAGAGUGGGAAAAGGUCUAUGAUGGCUGCAACGGAUCUUUUAUCUGCUGGUUACACUGCGGUUACAGACAUUGCUGGUGGAUAUGCUGCUUGGACACAAAACGGACUUCCAACUCAAAGUUGAUGUAUAACAACAGUCUAUAUGGCUGCAAUAAUAAGUUUUAGUUAACAGCAACAGCAGGACUUGGUAUAACCCAAUAUAAGAUAAUUGUUGUAAUGAAAUGCAUAUAAUUUAGCUAAUUAAAUUAUAUGGGUAGAUGAUGUUGUCAUGAUCCACAGAUAAUCGAUAUCAACAAUAAUGUAUUGCUGUAAAUUUCACUGCAAAUAAUAUAACUUUUGUACACAA